AUGACUCGUCCAUGCAUUGCAUGCACGCAAAUGCAGAAGAUCCCGCCAAAGUUCUGCAAGCACAUCCCCUGGGAGGCGUCCAGGAAGGCCAAGGGCCUGAAGGAGGCGUCCAUGGCGGCCACGCUGGAGGGCCCCAGCGGCCGGACGUGGCAGGUCGUCAUCCGCCGGACCGCCGAGGGCACCUUCUUCACCGCGGGCUGGGCCAAGUUCGUGCAGGACCAGGCGCUGCGGGAGCUGGAGUUCCUCGUCUUCCGCCACGACGGCGGCACCAGCUUCGCCGCCAUGGUGUUCGACAAGUCGGCGUGCGAGCGGGAGGACCUGCUGCUCGCCGGCGACGCGCCGCGGCCGCGCAGGAAGCGGGGCCGGCCGAGGACGGCGUCGCGGGCCCUGGAUGACUCGGCUGGCAUGGAGCUGGUCCCGUACCGUGCGCCUGCCGAUCGGCCGCCCCAAGCCGCGUGCUCCGAUCGGAUGCCGGAGUCGGACAAGUCAAAUGGUACAUGUUCCCUCUGUUUCUCUUCCUUCUACAUAGCAUUCAGAUUUGGCUUCUCAGACGCAAUGGCGAUGUGUUCCGUUCAACACAAUGCAUGUAACGGUCUUGCAGGAUCAGCGGGGCAUCCCGGCCCUAUGAAGGCCGAGGUGGGCGCCGGCGAGCUCCCGCUGUGCUUGAUCGCCGCACCACCGUCGGAGUCGGGGCAGCUCCUGCCUGGCCACUUGCCAGCCGGGACCAAGGACGGGGGCGCGGUGAAAACGCGGAGCAUCCACGGCGACCUCGCGGCGGCCAGCAUCCCCCCUUCCGUGAGGAAGUACAACGGGUACGUGUCCCGGCGGCGGCCCGUGGCGAGCGCCGAGCGGCAGCGGGCCAUGGAGCUCGCGCGCGCGUUCCGGUCGUCGCUCCCCUACUGCGUCAUCCGCAUGAGCACCAUGCACGUCUACUACUCCUUCAUGAUGAGGUUCCCCACGGGGUUCUCGAGGCAGCACCUGCCCCGGGAGAAGACGGAGAUGGUGCUCCGGGACCCGGGCGGCAAGGCGUGGGCGGCGCUCUACAUCCCCAGCACGAGGGACCGGCUGUCGCGCGGGUGGUGCGCGUUCGCGCGCGGCAACUGCCUCGAGGAAGGGGACUGCUGCGUCUUCGAGCUCGUCGGCGCCGCCGAGUUCCGCGUCCACGUGUUCCGGGUGGUCGAGCCCGCCGUGCCGGCGGUCAGGCUACGUUUAGCUUGA